ACCAUUUUAGCGCGUCAGUUGUAGAUUUUCCAAUUAUUUUGAUAUUUCUAUUCGUGUACUACUAAGAAAGAAUAAAAUAAUUAGCGUACGAUGGAGGAAGAUCGUGCGAACAUACUACGGGAGAUGAAAGUUUGUCGUUUUUGUUUGUCGAGUGAGGAAAGGGAACUAACAAACAUCUAUGAUAAGCACGGAAUGGACACGAAACAUUAUGUACCGCUUCCGCUACAAAUCAUGGCCUGUAUUGCAAUAGAGGUAUUUAAAAAUGAUGGGAUGCCUCAACUUAUAUGCAACUAUUGUAGAAAACUCACUUUACAAGCAUACAAUUUUAAGACCAACUGCAAAAAAGCAGACGAUGCCCUAAAAUUAUUCCUUGCCACUGGACAAUUUUCUAAACCAUACAUUCAAAAAGUGGAAGAGAUAAAGACAAACAGGAAACAACCUGAAAGAAAAACCACAAUUGUAAAUACUUUCGCACCUGCCGAACCCUCCAAAUCCAAACGGAUGAAAAUGGAAGAUGGUACCGAAAUAAUUACCUUAAAUUUCACAUCUGCAGAUGACCGAGGGUCUGUUCAUCCUGGAGAAAAUGAAAACGAAUCAAUUUUAGGAUACGAAGACAACAGAGACAGAUGUGAUGAAGAUACUACACUCGAAGAAGAAGACUAUUCUAAUCUAGACGAGGACGAUAAUCCCGUAAACGCCGUAUUAAAAGUCAGUCAGGUGAAAACCGAUUGUUUUCCCUGCCCACACUGCGACAGAACGUUCCCGUUGAAGCAGCUGCUCGACUUGCACCUCCCUAACCACGAUCGGGAAAGAAGCUACGAAUGCUCCGAGUGUACGAGGAAAUUCUUCACUAAAUACGAUCUGCAGAAACACUUGCAGACCCACAACGGCGACAAGCCGUUUGACUGCAUCAUCUGCAACAAGUCGUUCUCGAGGGAGUCGUUGCUGAGACGGCACGAGAAGAUACACGUCGAUGUUCCGAAAUACGUGUGCAAUCAGUGCGACAAGACGUUUUUAACCAAACAGUAUUUGGAUGCCCACCAGGAGAAGCACAAGAAGAAGAGACCUUUCACUUGUCAGGUUUGCAACAAGAGCUUCGUUUUUAAACAGGGCCUAGAACGUCACGAAGUCGUCCACAGUGAGAACAAACCCCACAAAUGCAACUACUGCGAAGCGAGCUUCACCUCCGCCAUAAAACUGACUCGCCACAUAACGUCCCACGCUGGUUUGAGACCGUACCCGUGCAAAUUGUGCGGCAGGACGUUCCUCUUGAGUCACCACCUGACCCGCCACAUGAGGAGCCACUACGCCAUGCAGUCUUCCUCGCCGGAAGCCGCGAUCGGACAACAUAAGUGUGACAUAUGUAGCAUGUCGUUCAGGAGGAAGGACUCGCUGAUCAACCACAGUGCCAUACACUCCAUGGUGAAUCUUAGGUGCGUCAUUUGCAACACUACGUUCAAAACGGCGAAUAUGGUGAAGGAACACAUAACCACCCACUUAACCGGCCUCCCGCAUCCCUGCGAGAAGUGCGAUUACAGUUUCGAGACCUCAGAACAGCUGGAGGAACACGAACUCAAACACGCGGAGAUGGAAUACGAGGAGCAGAUCGAAAAAGAGGUCAUAUCGGAAGCGCGGCAACAGCAGGAAGAAAACAUGGAUGAGUACGAGGAAGGAGAAAUCACGGAAUACACGAUUACCGACAUAAACAACCCGGAGGUGAUUCCCACGUCGAAACACCGUGAGCAAACCGAGAGAGAACCGGGCGAAGACCUGACUAGAUUCGGUCACUUUCUCAAGGACGAAAUAGACUCGGAACUUGAGGAUAACGACGAUGGCGCUGGUGAUAACGAAAAAACUUCCGCUCAACAGCAAGAAGUGGAGGAAGAGCAGGAACUGGAGCCUAUAAAGCCUAUCGUGAGGCAGGAGGGGACGAAAGUUUACAAAAGGAAAGCGCCCUUGCAGAGGAAAGUGCCGCAGAUUGUGAGGGAGCCGCUCAAACUCGCGCCUCUGGAGCAGAUCAAUCAGGCAGAGACGCAGAUCGAGAAUGUCAACCUUAGUUCUGAUAUUGGUUCAUUGCCGAGUAAGAAGUUCGUUAAUAUGAAGGUGGGCGAUAAAGUGGUUCGGGUACAGAAGUUCAUCGUCACCAAAGAGGAGAUGAAGGCCAUGGCAAAGCAAGGAAUUCUGGAAAUGAAGGGUGGGCAGGUCGUGUUGAAAAAUCCGGGACAACCCAUUUUAAAUGCCACCCUGAAACCCAUCCAGAAAGUCGAUAUAGAGUCUCUUAUAGAUAAAAAGUCAAACGCUAAACAACAAAUUAAGAAAUACCAGGCGAGACCAGGGCUUGAAAGGUUAUCGGAACAAAAUUCUUUAUUUUCCGAUAAGUCACAGGAUAAAAACACAUAAGUGUUGAACAUCCAAUGUUAUCUUUUGUUAUACUAUUUUUUUUGUACAUAAUUAAAAUAAAUAUGCUGUAGUUU